AGCAGUUGUAGAACGACACGACAGUAGGUAUAUUUUAGUAGUGAGUAGUCGUCACAAGUCACACCCAGUGAUAGUACGAACGAUAAACAUAUUAUUAUUAUUUAUAUUCAUAUAGUAAUAUAAUUAUUAUAAAAUAUAUAAUAUAAUAUUUCAUAGUACUAUUAUAAUAAUAUUGUAAUACAGUGAUGUCGCGUACAAAAACGAAGUACAAACAAUAUUGCGAGUCCGGACUCUGAACACCUGAUCCGCCGUAAAUCGAUAGACGAGAUACCGUCACCGCCACCGCCGCCGCCGUCGUAUCGAUUACGUCGAUGCCAAUUUUAUAUUUUUUAACAACAGUCGCGUGAACCGUCCGGCGUCGCGGUCCGACUUGGCAUGCACGACAUCGAGUAGUGUUGUUUGCUAUUUAAACGUACCGGGACAACAUUCCCGGCGGAUCCGUUUUGGCAGCAGGUGAAAUCGACGAAGUCGUGUUUUUGAGAUUCUAUUCUUGAAUUGUAAAAGUAGGUAGCCAAAUAAUGAUUAACGAGUUUCAAAAUUCUGUAUUUAUUUAAUACAUACAAUUACCAUGGACAACUUAGCAGAUAAGCAAAUUAUAACUGCCAGAGCAUUAUUUAAUCUUGCUCACUCUUAUUUGAAAACUACAAACAUUAAUGAUGAACAAGAAAAUAAAAACGAGGACAAUGAAAAAGAAAAAAUAAUAAAAAACAAUAUUCAACAAAACAAAAAGGAAGAAGCAACUGGAAUUAAACAUAAAAAAAAUGUCAAAAAAAAAAAAUCAAAGAGUAAUUCGGACAAUGAAAUAGAAUUAUACCUACAAGUACAAGUCGAUUCAAAAUACCAACAACAAUUAUGCACCAAAGUACAAAGUGAAGACUUAAAUACAGCACCACAAAAGCCUGAAGUAGAAAUAGAAUUAAAAAUCGAAAUUCCAAAAGAACUUGAAAGUUCAUAUAAUAAAAAUGUUGAAAAACAAUUAGAAGAGAAUGGUAAAAAUAAAUCCCAAAAAAAUAACACAACAAAAAAAAAACAGGAAUUAAUUAAUCGAGAAAUAAGAGAUGAUUCAGAAGUUCAAAAUAAUACAGAGAAAAAAAUAACACUGAAUAUAAAUAAAGAUGAACUCGUAGAAUUUGAAGGAAAAAACUUCAAUUGUUGUAAAACACAAAACCAAAUACAAAAGGGGGUUGAAAUCAAAUCACAAGAAAAAGAUAAUAGUGAUAUUUUCCUAGAACUUGAAUUAAAAGAGCAGCAAAAUAUGCAUGAUAAUCUAAUAGAAACAUUGCAAAGGUCGAUCCAAAGGCGGAUUGAACGGCUUAUAUGUCAAAUACCUUUAAAAAAUCAAAAAAUGGAAAAAGAACUACGUCAAGAAAUUGAAGAACUAAAUAAAGAAAUUAAAGAACUAGAUCCGGCAAACGUAAAUGAAUUAAAUAAAGAAAUUUUAGAAGAAGUUACUAAAAAGAACUAUUUACCCGUCCAAGUAAAUUUUUUAAAAAAUCUCUAUCUUUCAUUUAACCAGGAUUUAACACCUUUUUACAAUAAAUUAGACCAAUUAAGCAAUGAUAUUACACAAACUAGUAUACAAAAAAAAUUGAAUGAAGAAUUUUUAAAAAAAUUAGAUAGUUUAUUGCAACAAAAAAACAACGGAGAAAUCCAGGAAAAACAUCAAAAAGUUAGCAAUAAAGUAAAAUACAAAGAUAAUGACGAUAUAAAAUCGGUCAAAGAAAAAAAAAUGAAAUUAAUAGAUGAAUCAAAAAAAGCCAUAAAUUUGCGAAAUAAUGAUAAAAUUGGAAAUGAUGAGAAGAUUAAAGAAAACGAAACGCAGCAUAACGUUUUAAAAGGAAUUCAAAAAGGAGUAAAUGAAGCUGAAAAAAUACAAAAUCAGUCAAAAGAAACUGACGAAAAAAAGAAAUAUCAAUAUUAUGAUUUAGUCAUACAAUAUAAUCAAGAAAGGACACAAGAUCUUAAAGGACACGCACCACAUGUUUUAGGUAAUAGAGUAUCUGUUGACGUUUAUGACGAUGCAGUGAAAUCAUUUAUAAAUCAAAUAGAUCAAGAUGCAUUAAAAGCGAAAAUAUGUAAUGAAGGAGUUGUUGUGAUUGAUCAAACAGAAAAAAAGGAUAAUAAAAAUGUAAAUUUUCAGUUAGAAUUUUACAAAAGUGUAGAAAUUGAAGAGCAAUUACAGAACAAAAAUGAAAAACGAUUACAAAAUUAUUUUGAUGGAGAAAUAAACAGAGAUUUCAAAAUAAAAAAUAAAGAAACUACGACAAAAGUACAAGAAAAUUCUGAUGUGGAAAUAGAAGACGUCGAAGAAAAAUUACAAGAGUAUUCUGAAAUUGAAAAUGAUGAACAUUUUGAAACAGUUCAUGAAAAUAUAAAAUUAAAAAUAGGAGCAUCAGAAAAAGCAAUAAUAGAAGAUUCUGGACUGAAAAUCGGAGAUCCUGAAAAAGAAGUACAAGAAGAUUCUGAUGUAGAUAUCGAAGGCUUUGAAGGAGAAAUACUAGAGUUUCCUGAAGUUAAAAUAGAGGACUUUGAUGAAGAAUCACAAGAAAAUACCGAUGUGGAUGUCGAAGACCUAAGCGAAGAAGAAUUUAAUGAUAGAAAUGAAGUUGUAGAAAUAAUGGAAGAUAUAGAAGAAGAUAUAGAAGUAAAAUCUAAUUGUUCUAAUUCUUCUGUGGAAAAUUCAAUUCUAUCGGAAAAAACACCAACUACAAUUUGCAAUGAAUCAUAUUUCACAAUUAAUCCGAAUUCUAAGCUUAAAUAUGACGAAGAGGAAAAUUUAAAAAUGAUCGAUUCAGUUAAUUCUACUACCAUGUUAACAGAUCAUAUUAAAGAGCAACAAAAAUUUUUUAAACUUAAACAUGAAUUAGAUGAUUUAUCUCAAGAAUAUAAAGGUUAUGUACAACAAAGAGUAUUAAAUGAAUUACAACAGGAAUUAGAUGAUAAACAAUUACAAGAAAUGAAAAUAUUUCCAGACACGUUUAAUGAAGUUAAGUUAAAUACUGACGAAGAUUUUCAAAAGGAAAUUGAUGAAUUACAAAGUGAAUUGUGUCAAUUAGAACCAGAAUAUAUGCGUGAUGAACCAUUAUAUUUUGAAGAGGACAACAGUAGUCAAAAAUUAAAAGAAAAACCAUAUGAUUUAUUUGAAAAAUUACAUUCUAUUCACAGAAAACAAUUAUGUAAAUUUGCCAAUUCCAAAGAGUGGCCAGAGAGACAUUUUCAACCAUCAAGUUUGCUGGACGUUUUGUUUGAUGAACCUAAUGAAGUUAAACCAAACGUGUUGGUGAUUAUAUUGCAUUCUAUAGACAAAGGUUAUUCAAUAAAAAUCAACACGGACAAGAACUCGAAUUCACCGAACGAAUAUUUUUUCAAUUAUUCUAACGAUACAAUAUUAGAAUACAUGGAAAAUGAACAAUUACCACCAGAUUUAUUGGAUUUAUUAGAUAGUGCUAAGCCCCGAUUAUUUUAUUCUGGAUGUGUUAUAGCAGAAAUUCAUGAUCAAGUAGAUGAGAUUCCGGGCCGGGUGUAUAGACUACUACUGCGUCCGUUUAAUAUGUCCAUUCAGCGUGAUAUAGACCGUAUAAUUGCUAAAAAUAGCCAUCCUACUAACACUAAUUACUGGACAACCAAAAAAAGACUAAAGCUAGAAAGUAUAUUGCUUAGAAAAUAUUAUCCAGUUAUGUGUAUGGAUUCGUCACCUAUUGCUGGUCUAGUAGUUAAUUUACAACAUCAAAUGUUAAGUUGUCGUACUAUAACACUAAAUCCACUUAAGAGGAAAUAUAACUGUUCAAAUCAAAAACCAUUGAAAAAAGAUUUAUACAAUGAAUCUAAUGACAAUAUAAAUACAUCAAUGUUGUUAAAUGAACGGCAAAGAAAAUCUACAAAAUUAAUGGAUACUGAAAACACGAAUGUUGACAACUAUAUCUUAUGGAAAUUUGAUUUUCGUAUAAAGUCGUUAAAUCUUUUCAAAUUGUUUUUAGUGGUUAUAACAGAAACUCAAGAAUUUUCUUUGUUAUUAAGUACAAAUCCAAAGGUUGAUUCCAUUAGAAAAAUGAGGUUUAAAAUACAACUUAAACAAAAUGAAUUGAAAACGUAUAUUAAUAUGAUAUUAGAAAUUCUUCGACAAAAAAUUAGCCCUGAUAUAGAAGUGGUUCGGAGAUAUAAAUGUCAAGAUAAUUCAGUUCCUCUUUCGUUAAAGAGUGUUCCAUCUUUAUUUAAUGACAAUGUUUAUAAAGCAAAUCAUGCAGAUUUAAGUCAGUUGAUGGAUUUAUUUAUUAAUAAUACACAUAUUAAAUAUAUACCUGUUAAUAAGAUGUUGGAAAAUAUGUUUGAACAUAAUAGUGGGAUAAGUAAAUUUGAAUCUGAAAAAAGCGAUUUGUCACUCAAGAAAGAUAAAUUGGCCGCUGAUACUUUUAAGACUAUAAAAAAAAAAGAGAAUUCUAGAGAUAUAGAAAUUAAAAAAAGUUUGCAGUUUUGUGCAACAAAAAAGUUAUCUACAAGUUCAAAAAAAUUUUUGGAUUUAUCAAGAAUUGAUUUAAUAGAUAAAAUCGCUGAUCCAUUACCAUUACAAACUCAAAUCAUACCAAAACACAUUUUAUUUGGUGAUACUAGGUCUUUGUUUAAAAAAAAGUCGACCAACACAGAGAUAAACUCUUCUCUUGAAUCAUCAGUAAAAAGGCAAACACUUGAUUUAUCAAAAUUGGAUUUAAUAGACAAAAUAGCUGAUUUUUCAUCAUUACAAACUCGCACCGUACCAAAGGACAUUUUAUUGGAUAAAGAUACUACAUUUUUGUUGAAAGAAAAGUCGACUACUACCGAGAUAGAUUCCUCUUAUAAACCAUCAUUAAUAAUGCCAAUACCUAUAAUUUCAAAAAACGAUAAUUUUCCAGAACUAGUCCAAGAAAAAAUAAUAUCGGUGUCAAGUAAUUCUAUGCUUCCAGUAUUUAGUUUUAUUACAUCUACUAUACCAUUUGAAUCAAGCCCCGCAGUAGUGUUAUCAAGUUUAUCACAAAUUAAUUCACUAGUUACAAGUAUUAAAUCUUAUAUGGUGCCUAUUGAGUCCCCUAGGUUGGGUUAUAUAGCAAAAUCUGAAAGCAUGUCUUUACAAACUGAGGAAGAUCCAUUAAAAUUUAAUGAUGAUGAUGAUAUUCAUACCAAUAUUCAAUUAUUACCAGUUAUGCAGUCAAAGGAUUUAAUCCAUUUAAUGAAAGUAGAUGAUAUUGCAGUGAAUUUGUUUUAUGCUAUUAAUAAAUUAAUGCCGACAACAUGUAAUUAUGAUACCAUCGUGAUGAGCCCAACUGAAAAUGUAGUCACAAUGCCUUUGGAAUCUGAUCAAGUAGAAAAUAUUUCAGUUAUGAAACAUGGAAACGAAAAUGAAGUUGAUUUAUUUGAUACAAUGCACAAUGUGAAUGAUAAUGAGACAUUUCAUUUACUUGAUAAUACAAAUUAUACAAAAGAAAUAUUAGAAGACAAAUACAUGUUAAGAUGUCUUCAAUUAUUUCAUCAAAAACCAACACUGCCAGAUUUAUCUAUUCUGCAUAGUAUACAAGUCAGCACUUCAAAACCUUAUUUUUCUGAUGAUUCAUUGAUUAAUAGUGAACUGUUGAGUGAUAUAAAUUCAUCAUUUGGCGAAAUACUGUCAACAACUAAUUUGAAUAAUGAAGAUAAAUUUCCAGAUGUAUAAGAGAUAUUAUAUAAACAAACUAGUUACAUCACACAUUAUGCAAGACUUGCAGACAAUAUUAUUGUAGCAAUACUUACUACUUAAUUAAAAAAAUAUAUCAUAUUAUUUAUGGUAGUAUUAUAGAUUUAUCCUGUAAUACCUACAACUGUGUGAUAGUUUUAUUUUAUAAUAUAGCAUUAAUUCUUUGUUGAUUCAGUUAAAUGUUUUAUAAAUAUAUAAUUUUGAAAAGUUUUUUGAAGAUUAUUACGUGUGACAUAUGUUUAAUUUUUAUAACUAUCAUAUACUUUGUUACUUUAAUGUACCUAUUUACGAGUACAAUAUUAUAUAUUUAUUUUUUUAUUGUUAUUCAUCUUAAAUUUAACCAUUGAACAUAGAACAUCGAUAAGAAGAAUAUAAUAGAAAAUAUUUUUAUAAUAAAUUGUAUUAUAUUUUUACGUAUACUAUUAAUGUUAAAUAACAAAAUGCAACAUUGAAUGGUGACAAAGAGCUUUAUAAUAUCUAUGGGUAUUGACAAUGUUGAAUAUACAAUAGUUAUAAGAUGUGUUUACAAAUUAGCAUUUAUAAUAUGUAUUUGACCAAAUAUUAAAUACACUUAGUGGCGCAAAUCUUUAGGAAUAGAUAGGUACUUGCCUUGCCAAAGUAAUUUGGAAGGUAGAUGUGCCUAGGUGUAUUAUAUGAUAUAGGUAUCCUAGUAGUUGGAAGAGGUUAUGUAUAAUUAUUUUGAAGAUUAAAUAUUGUAUGAUGAGCUUGUAAAGCGGCAAGUAAAAGUAAAUUUUAAUUUUUAGAAUUGUAGAUAAUAAAUGAUAAUGGGGUGAUUGGGCAAGUGCUGGCUAGUAAUUUUUAGACUUGAUUCCAUAAAAAAAAGAGAUUUGCACCACUUAAUAGGUUAUAUAGCCAAUGUCGUUGAUGUUAUUGUAAUUUGAACCUUAUUUUUUGGAUUCAUUAUAGAUUUAUAUAGCUUAUUUAAGAAUAGAGUUGGUAAUUAAUAAUUAGUAAUUAUUGUAGUUAAUUCAAUAUUGUUUAUAAGUUGUGUAAUAAUUGGUGUGAGUAAUAUUGUGAAAAUAUAUUUUACAAUAUUUUUAAAUUUUUAAUCUGUAUUGUUUUACAUUGUAUUCUUCAGGCUCAAGGAUUUAUAAUAAUUUAUAAAAAAUACUAUUGCUCACUAUUUCAAUUUUGUUAUAGUUAAGUAAGUGCAAUUCAGUACUUACUACACUAUUAUUAUAUCUUGUACUUUGAUGAUGCAAGAAAUAAAUACCUAUUAAUACAUUUUUUUUAAACAGUGUUUGUUUUUAUGGUAUGAAUAUUGUAUAAAACUGUUGAUGUUAUUGCUAAGGCAUUAUUCGAUAAUUUUUAUUUUAAACAGUUUAUUACAAUUUUGAAGUUACACUUGACACAUAAAAU